CUAAACGGUUUAUGAAUAUGCGUGUCAACGUCUUAUUUUUCAGAAUCCGCAAGUUCCAAAACUCGCUACCGAGAAAGGCAAGGAUUUCACUUCCCGUAAAUUAUUCAAAUAGAAGUUUUUACAUUUGUAUUAGUCGGCAGGUACUGAAAAUUACUCAAGAUGUUAUUCCCUUACCACUUACAUGGAUAAGUGAUGUUUACGUUUAUGCUCCACAAGAAUUGAAUACGUAAAACAUACUGCUCUUAUCCAAAACAUUUUUCUGUUAGCAUUAAUCAGAUUCGGUUAGCCUUGUUAUUUGAACCAUAAUCUUGAACUAUUGUACCUUGAGAGUGUGUUUGAACGUGGUCGAGUUGAAGGCGGUCUUGGCUUAACUUAUUGAUCGUGGCGUGAUGCGUGAUAAAUGGCGAAAAAAGAGGAUGAGGAGACUGAAGCGCAAACGAAGGAAAAUGAGGGAAAGGAGCAAGUGAUGUAAUCGUUGUGAAGCCCUUGUACCUUUGUGGGAGAUCAAAUAAAUUCUUUCCACAUUGAUGUCUUCUGUUAUUUUAAUGUGGGCAUUAGACAUGUUAUUGAAUGAGUGUUUAUUAGUUAGGAAACUAAGUUUUGAUUAUGACAUCUGCAGAAAAGUCAUAUCCCGUCAUUUGUUCUGUAGGCUAGUGAACCGGAUGACGUUGAAUUUGUGGAUGGAGAUGUGGAUUGGAUUGAAGAUGAGAAUCAGUCUGUGAACAACUCGGAUGAUGAAUCGAUUAACGAAGCUGGAGUGGUGGACAGUAGUAUGGAUGUUGUACAGUAUUUUUCACCUACUCAAGAUGAUACAUUCAAAUUGCUCUCAGGCCAUAAAGAAAGCGUCUUCUGUUUAGAUUUUGAUAGUACUGGUAAAUUUCUUGCAUCCGGUGGACAAGAUCAUAUUGCUAUAAUAUGGAAUGCAACAACUGGUGAAAUUGAAUUCAUUUGUCAAGGUCAUGAUGAUUCUGUGAAUUGUGUUAGUUUCAGUCCAAAUGGUGAUUAUUUAUGUACUGGUGAUAUGGCUGGAAAUAUUCGUAUUUGGUUAAGACCGUUGAUAGAAGAAAACUCGAAAGAAUGGAAAUUAUUAAGAACAGAAACUGUUAAUGAUUUAUUAUGGAUUAAAUGGUGGAUAUCACCUUCAAAUGCUGUACGAAAUAUGAAUAAUGAACUUCCAAAACCUGCUCUACUUUUAGCUGGUGAUGAACAUAGUUAUGUUAAUUACUGGGCUGUAAGUUCUAGCAUAUCAAACAAUCAGGGGAAGUGUAUAUCAAUGGCGUAUACGUAUGAUCUUGAUCAAGCUGCAUUAGAUGGAAUUAUUCUACCAAGUUUUUCUAAUACUAAAAAUCCAAAAUUAGCAGUACUUCAUCGAAAUGGUGAUCUACGUGUAUGGGAUAUAAAAACACUAACAUUAAUUGGUUCUAUUAAAUUAUUCGAUAAAUAUUCUUCUUUAUCUAAUCAAUGCGGUCAACAUUUAGAAGUUUAUCAAAUGAUUUCAUUACAAUCAUCGAAAAAUCAAUCUAAUACAAAUGAUAACUUGAAUCAUGAUUUAUUAUUAAUUACUGGAAAUGGAUUUAUAUGUCCUAUCUCUAUUAAAUUUGAUGGUGAAUUACAUUUUAAGGUUUUAGAUAUCAUUAAAACAGGUGAUGAUGGAUCCGUUGAAGCAUUAAACUGUUCUUGGACACAUCCAUUAUUUGCUUUUGGCUCUAUCACUGGUGUACUUGGAAUUUGUGAUGCUCAUACUAUUCGUGUUCGUCAAAAAUGGACGUACAUAGAUGAAGAUGACGCGCAACCUAUCGGUAUUACAUCAUUAUGUUGGAGUCGAUAUAAACCUAUAUUUUUCACAGCUACAACUAAAGGCUCCAUAGUUGCAUGGUGUGGUAUCACUGGAUUAACAGGAAAAUCUUCAUCUGGUUUAUUAACAGAAAAAACCCCUUUGAAAAUAUGGUGGGGUCAUAAAGCAAUGAUUCUUUAUUUAACUUUACCACCAUUUUGUAAAUCUAUAGACGAUAAUAAUAAUGAUAAAAUUGAACCAUUCUUGUGUACAGCAUCAGAUGAUACAACUAUUCGAUACUUUGCUAUUGAUAUUUCAUCAUAAUUCUAUGCUCUAUUUAUCUUUUGUUUCUUGUUUCCUUUUUGUUUCUGUUAUAAAGAAAUUCUGUUUGGAAAAGAAACUUAUACAUAUUUUGAUAUGGUAUUCGAUUUUCUGAUCCGAUGUCUAUGAAAUUGACUUGUUCUAUAUCUGUUUUUGAUUGAGAUCGUGGGUGCGCACUGCUGAGAAGUCCCACAAUAGGACAAAAUGGCCGUCUAGGUUUCCAACGGUGGUCUAACAUCAAUCGGUUCAUGAUCUCAAUCAAAAACUUAAUAAUCUCCAUAACCCCCAUACUAUAUAUGUUUGUCAUAAAUUCAGUGCUGUCAUGAAUCAUACUAAGAGUAAUACACCUCUGUGUUAAUAUAAUUUAUGUGAAUCUUGAGAGAAGCAAUAUUAAGAUAUGUUAUGUGCUUAUAAGUAGUUAGGAAGAAAUUAAGGAUCCAACUUUCAUGCUAUUGAGCACUGAUUUUCUUAAGGAUUGAAGCUAAUAGCGACCCGAAUUACUCAGUGAUAAUGUCUUAGUCUAUGAAGCUUGAUGAUACAGGUUGAAACCACUGGGAAGCAUAAGUCUUCCAAAGGUCCUAUCUAGCAUGAAGUCCUUCGUCUCUUACCGACAACCUCCAACCACCUAACAUGAAAAUGUCUUCCACGUGAUUUUGAGUCAGUCAGACUGGUUGUCACAUCAUAACUUGAUAAAUGAAAUUUCACCAAUACUAAGCGGUUAGAAAAACAUUACUCGCUGACCAAUCGAUGUAAAUACUAAAAUAUUUCACUGGUAGAGCGUAUUCGGCCUGAACAACUAGAAAUAAUCGCUGAAGAUAUUCACUGUUUAUAGUCUGUUGCUACAGUGGGCAAACGUAACUAUUUAAACAAAUGUUAAAGAUUUUAGAGUAACCUGGGGAAUUCCUGGGCUUGUUUUUACAAGUAUACACCAUUAUCUUUAAGUCAGUUCACUUCUAAAAAGAAGUUCGUCCCUUGAUGACUGCCUAUCGAGUGUAUUACCCUUUCAACAAAAGUUUAUCGCCUUUCUAAGGAGUUUAAUACUAUUAUUGAGACAAAUUAUGGACACUUCCCUUCAAUAUCUCGUACUGAUGGUCUGAUAAAAGCUAAUCGAAUGUAAAUGGAAAGAAGUAACCCUAUAUAGCUGAAUAUGUAUCCAACUCUGAGUUAUAGUUUUCUGUCGCGUCGAUGGAUGGGAAGCUGUUGAUAAUCCCUGAAGUCCCUAUCAAAAGAAAAUACAGUAAUAGGAUAAGAAGAUGACGUGACUUUAGAUCAAUAAUUCUGUAUCAUUUCAGUAUUAAUUUUGAUCAAUGUGACAAAUCUGAAUUUCCAUCCAGUGUGACAUCUUCAUUCCUUGUAUUAAUUCAAGUGUACUGUAUUCGGUAUAUUUUUUCUUAAGUAACUCUGUAUAUUGC